UUUAUUCCCUGUACAAUCGACCGCCAUCUGAGGAAUCGCCGGAGCAGAGAAUUCUUAGGAAUAGUUCUUUGAGUUGGCGUGAGGGCACUCAGAAUGGUCCAGCGUUUGACAUACCGUCGUAGGCUUUCCUACAAUACAGCCUCUAACAAAACUAGGCUGUCUCGAACCCCUGGUAAUAGGAUCGUGUACCUUUAUACAAAGAAGGUUGGGAAAGCACCAAAAUCUGCAUGUGGUGUGUGCCCAGGCAGACUUCGAGGGGUACGUGCUGUGAGACCCAAAGUCCUUAUGAGAUUGUCUAAAACAAAAAAACAUGUCAGCAGGGCCUAUGGUGGUUCCAUGUGUGCUAAAUGUGUCCGUGACAGGAUCAAGCGAGCUUUCCUUAUUGAGGAACAGAAAAUCGUUGUGAAAGUGUUGAAGGCACAAGCACAGAGUCAGAAAGCCAAAUAAAAAAUGAAGCUUCUUUGAAUAAUAAAAAGUCAAAAGGCUUGUUCUGUGUUA